GCAUUUUGUUUCAGUAGCAAACCAAUGAUACAGGCUGCUAUUCAAGUAUUCUCAGAGGCCAGUAGAUGUUGCGAAACGACCAAAGAACCUAAUAAAAGAAAGAGAAUCGUUGCACCGGCUCCUAAAGAUGGCUUGACUUGCGACGUUAUUGUGAAUAGUUGCUCAAAAGAAAGCUUUCUAUGUUGUAGUUUUCGAGAGUCCUGGGAACGUAUAAAGGAUGAGUUUUAUCUGUCUAUUCAAAAACACAAAGAACAAGUUGUUCAGAACAUCUACCGAGUCUUAAAGGAAACCUUUGUGGAAUUCUCGCUUCCAAUCGUGUCUCUCUCAAGUGAUGAGACUGAACACGUAUAUCCUCACUUGGUGCAACAAGUAUUAGACUAUUCUCAAAAGGUGGACUCCAACUUUCGUCAAUUGGUAAUACGACUCCGUUCUACCGAUUUCCAGAGUUUGUCGCUUGCAGUAAGAGCACUAGUGGAACAGUGCAUUUCAAAGGAGAUUUUCAAAGACUAUUUACCAGAGUUGAGUCAAAACGACUGUAUCAAAGUGGAUCCAGGUUCUGUAGAACCUCCUGCUGAUUUCUUAUUGCAGUGGUAUCAUGACGUCUCUAACCAUGGAAUUGCAGUCAACGUUAUAAUUCUAAUAGAAGACAUUUAUCUUAUUCCUGAUUCUAUUUUGAUAAAAUUCAUUCAGUGGAUAAGCGCCUUGAGAAAGCAGCGAGUAAAAUUUUGUCUUUUUACUUUUGCCAAUGAGGAGCUCUCACUGUUCAAGGCAAAGGUCGAAUGUCAAGGCAGAUUUUCCAUUGCGUUUUAUCCUGUUCAUGAUUCCACGUCUACAGAUGCACUCAUACAAGUCCUGGAAAACAUUUUCGUCUUCAGAGUUCCUCCCUUUGAUAUUUCAUCUCAAGUGUUAUCUUUUUUGCGAAAGAAGGUUACUUGUGAUAAAAUUUCCGUCUUCGAAUUUUUGAGAUUCCUAAAACUCAUUUGGUUUGAUUUCUUUUCUUCAAAUCCACUCAAGUAUUUAAAGGACAAUGAAAGCAUUUUUCAGGAUAAGCAUCUACAUUCAAUUUUGGAGAAACAGGGUAUCAAAACAUUCGACGAGUUCAAUGUUCAUAUGCAACGUACAAUUAGGGAUAAGAACGUCGCACACGGUAUCUUGCAGUGGAUUUCUAAGGAUAUCCUAACAUCUUGUUCAAUAUAUGCUCCACCUCUCGACUUGUAUGAAGCUGCUUUGAAUGGAGUUUUGAGCAAAGAAAAGAGCAUGGAAAAUAUCAAGUCUGCGCUAUACACACAUGUUCCCGCUUCAAAGCUAAGUGAAACUCUCACAAAAUGGUGGUUGAAUUUGGAACCACAACUUGAAGGCAGCGAAUGGAGAAAGGAAAUCGAAGAAUCCUUUUCGAAACUUAUCCACAUCUCGGAAGAAGGAGUUUCGGAUAAUACAGAAAUGCAAGAAUCCAGUUUGAAAACUGAGUCUUGUUUGAAUAGAAAUUGGAACGCAGCCAAACGAAGAAAAGCGAUGUUGCAAACUUUGAGAAAGCGACCAAACGGAGACAUCAAUAGAAUGCAUUUAGAUGUGAUGCAUCUGCUGCUUAGACUCGUCAAUUUCAUCGAUCAAACUUUCUCCAACCCAUUCGCUCAACUAUUCACUUAUUCCUCGUUUACUCGUCUUCUCCAAAUAAGUGGUUAUAAUACUCUUUGUCGAAAACAGUGGCUUACUAGAAACAAAGAUAACUUUGAAUGUUCCAAGUAUCAUCAAUGCAUUGUAUGUUCUAUGCCUAAAGGAAAAAAGCGAAUUGGGCCCAUAGAAUGGUUCGAGAAGAGUCUUCAAAUGUGGAUAGAAAAAAAUAACUAUACUGACGAUCUCUCCUCAUCUGAAAGAGACAAACUAUGGAUAGAAUUUUGGAAAAAAAUGAUGGAGCUACAAUAUUGCGGUGUCAUUCAUUUAUCGCAGAAAAGGCAGCUUUUAAUAGAACGUACUAUAUUCGACUAGCACAAAACGAAAACCAUAUGCGCAGAUACAUACAUAUAUAUAGAUAUAUAAAAUAAACAUCAAUGUU